AACAAUUUUUCCAUGGCGUUUCCAUUUUCAUCAGCAACAGCAGCCAGUGUGCUCCUUCUUCUUGCUGUUUGCCUUGUGAAUGGUACGAAAACAAAACGGUCUCUACAAGAUACUGAAGUGUCUUCAGAAAUUGUGGCAAUUGUUCCCUUUGGACCGGGAAAACUCUCAGUUUGGAGGGACGUCGACAAAACGUCACAAAGGUUCUACGUGCUCCCACUGGGCCACCUGAAACCCAAAACAGCCAGGACACUCUACAAGCCCCUAACCAAAACCCACGUGCUCAUUUUCGACGUUAUGCUUUGGAUGCCAAUCGUACAGGAGACAGUCUAUCUCUACCUGUUGAAACAAGGCUAUGACGUGCAGCAAGAUAAAAUAGAGAUGAUGCCUAUUGAACAGAUCAGACUGUUUUACACGCUGGGUCAGCUAGCCGAAGAGUAUUCUGUGCCCGAUCAUUGGAAACCAGUCAUAAACUUGCCUGAUGACGUUCAACUUGAAAUCACCUGUAAAGACAAUGUUACAUGUGCGAAGCUGGAAUCGACGAUGAAAAACCAGCCGGAGAUGUUCAGGUCUUUCGAGAUCCAGUUCCGAAUGCUGUCGGAAGAGUCGUCCGGCAGGUCCAUCGUGAUAACUGGACAGGAUAUAACUACAGGCACGAUGUGGACUCAGCUCAAAAACAUGGUGGGCGCCAAGGACGAUGACCGGUAA